AUGCGCGUCGAAAAUCGAGUGCACGCUAAGCGCGCAUGUGCUAUUGGAUUAAUGCAUUCCGCUUCUGAGGAUGUCCGUGCCUUGCCCAAUGCAUUACGUAGCAGCGAUGACGUUGCCAAGCGGCAGUGUGAUGUAUGGGAAACUUGGGAAUAUCAGAAUGGACCAAAUAAGGGGCAAACACGAUGCGGCGCCCGCCUUUUCUAUGGGGGUGGCGAGCGACAAUGGAGGACAGACAGACCACCGCCAACAAGGCCAGUAUCGACACACGCCAGCGACGAGCAGGCGGCAAACAACAUCACCUUUUACUGGAGUAGCUGCUCACCAACAGGAAUUCAAACCUCGUGUCAUGGUGGAGGUUUUUCUGCGCUGGAAAAUCCAACCGCAGUUUAUGGUUGGAGAGGAAUCGUCGUGAUUGCAUGGUUUGACUCAUCAAAUAGUGUCGAAUAA